AUUAUUUUGUUUUUUUGUAUGAUUAUUGAUGUGUGCACAAACCACCAAAGUGCAAAACGUUUGUCCUGCAUUCAUCUCAUUUCCUCGUGCUGAGCUGUUUGAACAUCAGCUGAUCCAACCGAUACCUCUCGAAUAUCGUUUCAGCAGUACGAUCCCUGUUAUAAUACUCUCGUUAUGCGUCUACAGACAAUGAAACACUGGGAAAUAACCUACCGCUUCAGUUUUUCCUCUCCUCUGCUUCGCGACUGUUUAUUUCCUUACGAGUUUGUUGAACCUGGGGUUGUGAGUGGUAGCGCCGAAGCCAGAGUGGUGCACCGUUUUUUACUUUGUUUUACACGAAUUUCUGAAUUGAAUUUGGACACUUUUUGUUUUAUUUUCCAAGGCUCGUUUUUUAGGAUUAAAAUUGUGAAUACUUUUUUAAUUUUUUUAGGUUUUACAUCAUCACUAAUUUUGAUUCGACCAGAUCUGGAAAGGUUCAUUUUUAUGAUGUAAGAGCGUAUUUCGGACUGCUGUGUCGUAUACACGGUUUUCGAUCUGAAUUUGCCAACUUCAGGUUAGGAACUAGGAAGAUUUUGUUUUUUCAUUAUCUUUGUAGUAAUGUACCCAACCGGGUCUUCCAUUCAGCCAGUUAGUAAUAGUAUGGAACAGCGCCUUGCCGAAAUGUAUCCCUGGGUGAACCAGCAGGAAACUCCGAUUCCUGUGGGUUGGAGUACCAAAGACAGGCACACGUACAUAACCAUCGUCGGAGCCAAUGGAUUACGGUUGCAGUACAAGGGUCCGGGAAAGUCACAAAAAGACGCUUCUGCUAUCCGCGCCACUCACCCGAUUCCCGCAUCCUGUGGCCUGUUUUAUUUCGAAGUGAAGGUGAUCAGCAAGGGCAAAGAAGGCUAUAUUGGCGUGGGUUUGUGUUUGGAAGAUGUUAAUCUCAAUCGUCUGCCCGGCUGGGAUAAAGGCUCUUUUGGUUAUCACGGCGAUGAUGGACACUCAUUCUGGAGCUCCGGUACGGGACGCUCGUACGGACCCACGUUCACUACCAAUGAUGUCAUUGGCUGCGGAGUGGAUUUGGUGAACAAUUCGUGCUUCUACACCAAGAACGGACUCAUGCUGGGAGUGGCCUUUGAAAACUUGCCAUCCAAUUUGUACCCUUGUGUUGGACUACAGUCGGUGGGAGAAAACGUGGAGACGAAUUUCGGUCAGACGGAAUUUAUGUUUGACUUGACGGAUCUGCGGAAGGAACUGAGAAAACAGUCUCGCGAUAUGAUCGCCAAAUACCAUCCUAAAUUGACACGUGGUGAAUGGGAACAGGCCAUGCAGAGGAUCGUUUCGGAUUAUCUGGUGCAUAACGGGUAUUAUUCCGCCGCUGAAUCCUUCGCCAAAUCUACCGGUAUCGAAAUUAAGGAACAGAUAACCUCCAUGUCGAACCGGCAGACUAUCCAAAAACUGAUUCUGGAUGGCAAGAUCAGUGAGGCCAUUGCCCUGACGCAGGAUCUCUAUCCCGGCCUGUUGGAAAAGAAUCCCAAUUUGCUCUUCCGAUUGAAAGUUCGCCAGUUUAUUGAAAUGGUUACCGGAUGCGAUCCGGGGCAUGCGUCUGAUUCGGUGACGUCCACCCACAGCAGUGGACUGUCUAAAUCCCUGCGGCACAGCCGGACACCCAGUCCCAAUCCCCGAGACAUCCAUCGGAAGCACGAUCACUCGAACGGAUCUGUCAAGGAAGAGCGACCCAAUGGCCUGGGGGUGGUGUACGAUAAUCUAAUGGAGACAGAGAUUGUUUCCGAAGAUGGAUCUUUGGACAAUGAUAUGGAUGUGGAUUGUUUGACGAGCAAUGGGGCAAGUGAUUACCAUGUGAAUGGUGCUACGCAAAGCAACGGUACGCCACAAGCCAUGGAUUUCGAAGACGAAGACGAGGAAAAUCGCGUUCCUGUGGGUAAUCCUAUUCUCCUUACCAGGAUCCUCACUUUCGGCAAGCAGCUGCAAGAAUUCUACACUGAUAUGCGAAUGGACCAAGGCAGAGACAGCGAAAACCAAAAAUUACUAUCGGAUGCGUUUAGCUUUAUCGCAUACGAAGACCCAUGGAAGUCACCUAAUCGUCAUAUGUUGGAACAGCUGCAGAGGGAACCGGUUUGUGCCGCACUGAACAGCGCCAUUUUAGGUGCUGAUCGGCAGUCAUCUCACCCUGCCUUGAAGAUUAUUGUUGCCCAUUUGAAACGCCUGUUCCCGCUGAUGGCCAAAAAGGGCAGCGGUGCUAUUGCCUUUACCAAUGUCUUUGAACUGCUGCGAUCUCUAGAAACCCCACAGCCGGCUCUGACAGGCAGCGGUUCCGGACCUUCCGGUCGAAGUUAUUCGAGUUAUGCGUCAGCUAGAUUGCUGCCCAUGUCGACUGAUGCCAACAUCACUCUAUGAGAAAAGCCGUGUAGAAUGGUUCUAGCAAGUUCUUGAUGGUUUUAUUACAUGUAUGAUCAUUAUCAGCCGGUUUAUUACACGACAAUUAGGCUCUGUAUCAUGGCGGUUAUGGUAGGUGUUUAAUGUCUGGAUACGGGAUUUCUUGUUUUUCUUUUUUAUUUUUGAUGGUUCUUUGUUUUUAAAUGCUUGUGGAUGUGAUUGUGGAGUAACACGGCUUGGAUCUGUUUUGUGGGUUGCUGGCAAGUGGCAACGGAUAUUGGAGUCAAUGGAGUGGAUGCAGAUCUUGCGGUUAUGAAUAAUAUGAAAAGCAUAAAUCAACAGAUGCCUG